AUGCCGUACAUGCCGAAACCCAACUUGUGGUGUGAUACCUCGUCGCGUGCAUUUAUCGCGAUCUUCAAUGUCGAAGCAACACACGGUGUUUUCGAGCAAAUGCGAUAUGUAGCUCCGGAUCCCGUGUGGAGAGAGUCAAUCUACUCGUGCCUGGCCCCCAAGGGCGAUCGGGAGUCCUGA